UUAAAACUUGCUAACAUGUUCAUUACAAUUCCUUUAAACUCUUCUUCCGUAAAUAUAACAGGCCGCUCCAUAAGUCUGGGUUCAAAUCCGGCUUUACCGUUAAGGCCUGGUUCCACUCCCACACCGGGUUUGCGUUACAAGAAUUUGGGCAAGAGUGGUUUACGUGUUAGCAAUGUUGGCCUGGGCACUUGGCCAGUCUUUUCGCCCGGCGUUAGCGAUGACCAGGCCGAAGCCAUACUUAAAUUGGCCAUUGAGAGCGGCAUCAAUCUGUUCGAUAUCUCGGAAGCCCAUUCGGAAACAGAAAUUGGCAAGAUCUUACAGAGAACUGGUUGGAAGCGAACGGCUUAUGUUAUUACCACAAAAGUUUAUUGGAGUACCAAAUCCGAAGAACGUGGCCUUUCACGCAAGCACAUUAUUGAGUCCGUCAAGGCCAGUUUGCAACGUCUGCAAUUACAAUAUAUCGAUAUUGUAAUAAUACACAAAGCGGAUGCUAUGUGUCCCAUGGAAGAAAUCGUACGAGCUAUGAAUUACAUCAUUCAACAGGGAUGGGCCAUGUACUGGGGUACAGCACGUUGGACUCAGGUCGAAAUAAUGGAAGCCUAUACUAACUGCCGUCAGUUUAAUUGUAUCACUCCGAUAGUCGAACAAUCUGAGUAUCAUAUGUUCUGUCGUGAAAAAUGUGAACUCUAUUUGCCGGAAAUGUAUAAUAAAAUCGGUGUGGGCCUAAUGGCUUGGGGCCCCCUUUCGAUGGCAUUGAGUGAUGCUCAAAAUGGUGAGAAGAUAUUUUUGCCAAAGGGAUCGUUUAAAACGAAGAGUCAUUCAUAUUCCUGGACUGAAGAUGAAGUUAAUAGGAAUGCUGCCUUAUCGCCUCAGGGUAGUUGGAAUAAGGAACGCAUGGAGGAAGGUCGUCGUCAUUGUGAUCGUUUAAAGGAUUUAGCUGCUUUAGCCGAGAAGCUGGGUUGUACACCUACCCAGUUGUCAAUAGCCUGGUCGUUGAAACAUGAACCCGUACAAUGUUUACUUUUAGGUGCCACUUCUGCUGAACAAUUGCAUCAGAGUUUGCAAUCAUUACAGCUACUGCCACGUUUAUCGACCAGUGUUAUGCUAGAAUUGGAACGAAUACUAGAGAAUAAACCGGUGCGACCGCCGAUGAUAUCAACACUGGCACUUCGGUGACAAUCAGCAUGCCCUCAGGGGCCUCCUAGCC